CUCAGUUCUCUCUCUCUCUCAUCUCCGUAUCUCACUUCGUCUCUCUGAAGCCGAUCCAAUUCCCCUUCUCUCUCUCGAGCUCGCUCUGCUACAACAAUGGCGAUUUCACUCCAAAGUUUGUUUCAGGAUCGAAAAAUCCCCUUCAUAUUCACCCUCUCACUCCUCCUCCUCUGCUUCUUAAUCCUCUUCUCCACCGAUUCCUUUUCCCUUAACCCUCUCCUCCGUUACUCCUCUCUUCCGCGAUCUCCUUCUAAACCCCUCUCUUCGUUUUCUCCGAUUCCUUCUCCGAUCCCCUCUUCUGCGUACCCUAGUUUUGCUUUCUCUUCUUCGGCGUUGAAUUUCAGAUGGAGGCUCUGUGGUGGCUCUGUGGCCGCCGAUUACAUUCCCUGUUUGGAUAACUUCAAGGCCAUUAAGGAUUUGAAGUCGAGAAAGCACAUGGAGCACCGCGAACGACAUUGCCCUAGUCCAAGUCCGCGCUGUUUGGUUCCGCUUCCGAUGGGAUAUAAAGUGCCGGUUCCCUGGCCCAAGAGUAGGGACAUGAUUUGGUACGAUAAUGUUCCUCAUCCGAAGCUUGUUGAAUACAAGAAAGACCAACAUUGGGUAGUUAAAUCAGGCGAUUAUCUUAGCUUUCCUGGAGGUGGUACUCAGUUUAAGGAUGGAGUUGAUCGCUACAUUGACUUCAUCCAGAAGACUUUACCAAAUAUUAAAUGGGGGGAGAACAUCAGAGUUAUUCUAGAUGUUGGUUGUGGUGUUGCUAGCUUCGGUGGCUAUUUAUUGCAGAAGAAUGUUCUUGCCAUGUCAUUUGCCCCAAAGGAUGAACAUGAAGCACAGAUUCAAUUUGCCUUAGAACGGGGUAUUCCCGCUACUCUUUCGGUCAUUGGAACACAAAGGUUGACAUUUCCGGACAAUGCUUAUGAUUUGAUACAUUGUGCACGUUGCAGGGUCCACUGGGAUGCAGAUGGUGGAAAACCAUUAUUAGAGCUCAACAGGAUUCUCAGGCCUGGAGGAUAUUUCAUAUGGUCAGCUACACCGGUUUAUCGUGAUGAUGAAAGGGACAAGAAUGUCUGGAAUGCGAUGGUGUUGCUAACGAAGUCAAUGUGCUGGAAGGUCGUGCAGAAGACAUCUGAUUCAUCUGGGGUUGGGCUUGUAAUAUAUCAGAAGCCCAUCACAGCUGCUUGCUAUGAAGAACGUAGACAAAAUGAUCCUCCUAUAUGUGAUCAGAAUAACAAGAGAAAUAAUUCUUGGUAUGUGCCGUUGGCUAGAUGUAUUUCCCAGCUUCCAGUUGAUAGCAAUGGCAACUUAUAUAAUUGGCCCUCGCCGUGGCCACAGAGACUGACUAGCAAACCUCCUAGCUUGUCUCUUGAAUCAAAUGUAGAGGAGAAAUUCUUGGAGGAUACUAAACAUUGGUCUGCUGUUGUGUCUGAUGUUUAUCGGGAUAACAUCGGCAUAGACUGGUCGAGCAUCCGAAAUGUGCUGGAUAUGAACGCUGGCUAUGGAGGGUUUGCAGCUGCAUUGAUUGAUCGACCACUUUGGGUCAUGAAUGUCGUCCCCAUAGACGUACCCGAUACUUUGUCCAUCAUUUUCGAUAGAGGAUUGAUCGGUCUCUACCAUGACUGGUGCGAGUCCUUAAACACCUACCCUCGAACCUACGAUCUUCUACAUUCCAGCUUUCUAUUCUCAUUUCUUAAAGGAAGAUGCGACGUCGUGGCUACAGUUGUGGAGAUGGACAGAAUACUGAGGCCAGGCGGAUAUGUUUUGAUUCAGGACAGCAUGGAGGUAAUAAAAGAGCUUGGUCCCAUGUUUCAUUCACUUCACUGGUCCAUUUCUGUUUAUCAGGACCAGUUUCUUGUUGGAAAAAAGGGAUUCUGGCGGCCAUGAACCCCAAGUGAAACCAGGUUCUUUUGAUAAAUUUUAAUUCUUUGCCGUAUAGAGUUUUCUCUUAGUCUUUUUUUUCCCACAUUUUACUCAUUUUCAAUUGUAGAAGAAAUACGUAUAACAAAUAAUAGAGGCAUUGUAUCUGAGGUUAAUAUCUGGGAGUAUGUUAUUAUAUAGCCAUGGAUUCUUUUUUUCC